CUUCCACCGGCUUGUCCUCUAACCAACGGCCAAAGCCUCGCUGAUAUUACGAGGCGCAUGCGCGUUUUUGCUCCGUCCUAGGCGGUUGGAAUAGGUGCUGUAGCGCUUGGCCGCAGCUAUGGCCGGGGCGCUGAAGAAGACCACUGGGCUCGUGGGAGUAGCUGUAUCUGAGGCUCCUCACGAGCACCUGAGGAUACUGUAUACAAAAAUUCUCACUGCUCUGCAGGACAUCCCCAAAGAUGCAGCAUAUAGGAAAUACACUGAACAGAUUGUAAAUGAGCGGUUUAACAUGGUAAAAACAGAACCUAAUGUGCAAAAACUAGAAGACAAAAUGAAAAGUGGUCAGAUAGAAGAAGUGAUAAUGCAGGCUGAAAGUGAGCUCUCUCUGGCAAGAAAAAUGGCACAGUGGAAACCAUGGGAGCCUUUAGUUGAAGAACCUCCUACUGACCAAUGGCGAUGGCCAAUAUAAUAGUCAGCAUUAUGUCUGUAACUACUUGAGAAUCGAAAAAAACCCAAUUAAAUAUUAAUAUCAUGUUACUGAAAAUUGUUUGUCUUUAAAUUAAAGAAAAUAGCUUUUGUAUAUGAUUUGUUUUGCCUCAAUAUCUAUUUACAUUUAGCAGGAUGUAAAGGUCCAGUCUGACUUUCUUGCAAAAAUGCUUUACUAAAACUUAGUUAAGCUAUUGAGCAAUCUGAUUAUUUUCUUUCCUGGCUUGCUGAUUUAACAAUAUAUUUUAGUAGAAACAGAAACUUUCUUCUGUGUAAUUAUCCUUCUUUUCUUGUCUGAUUCACUUCUUGACAUUUUAUCAGCAUGGAAGCAAUUUUCAUGUCUGACUCUGGAUUGUGGCUACACUGAACUGGCUAAGGCAAGAAGAGGAAAGGGUGAACUGCAUUUUACACAAACACUUGAUGAUCAGCCAUGGUGAGAUAAAUACAGAUAAAACUGUGUGUCAGUUUGAUACUUUUGACUAAAUUGGUACAUUUGUAAAGUUUUGGAAGUCACUCUGGGGAAAAAGCAAAUAAUAAAAAACAAGUCUGCAACCAAAA